GCUGUGUUCUGGUCAGACAGGUUGAGGUGGAUUUUUUUGACCACUCAGUAUAAAGCUGAGAUUUUGUAUGAGCCGUCAGUCUAAAUCAGGCGCUGAUCUUCUGUCGCUCAGCUGCAGCCAUGACGACUAAAGUGGUCAUCACUCAGCCGGUGGUGCUGGACUCCAGAGAUUCUGACGAGUGGGGCUCCGGGAUCUGCGACUGCUGCGACGACGUCCCAGAGUGUUGUUUUGCGUAUUUCUGCUGCCCGUGUUUCGCCUGCGUCAAAACGAAAGAGUAUGGACAGUGUUUGUGUCUCCCCCUGUUGGACAUAUUUGGUAUCGUCCCACCGGCCACACUAGCAAUGAGGGUCUCUAUGCGCCACCGCUACGGCAUUAAGGGCUCCAUCUGUAACGACUGUUUGAUCGCCACGUUCUGCGUCAGCUGUGUCUGGUGUCAGAUGUCUCGAGAGAUGAAGAGGCGGUCUAUUCCCAUCGCCCUCGUCAACGCCAGGCCGACGAUCUAGCAGCAUACUGCGCAUAACUUACCGAUGAGUGUACAGCAGUCUAUUAUCUAAUGAGAAAUAUAUGAAUCGUUGAGCUUCUUUGAUAGUGAAAGUAUUUUUGUCUUGAAAUGUCUUCAUCUUCAAUGUGUUCGAUUAACAUGUUGCACAUUGUAU